CCUAGUAUCAAAAUGCUAUGCAUAUAAAUCGCAAGCCAUCUUCACAGCACUGAGAACGCACCUCUGUACUGUACCACUAAAACGUUUCAAGUUGAGUGGCAUGUCAAUUUGUUGCAGAUAGCGAGGAGCUGACAUAUUCGGUCGAUAAAUGAAGGUCGUACUGGUGUUGUUCCUCGAUACCAUCUCGAUACCAUCUUCGAACGAUUUUACUACUAGCCUGAGGUGAGCGAAGAUUUGGCCGUAAUCGAGUUGCUAAAGUCUCACCUGGUGAUUCGUAGCUGGUCAAAGUUUGAGGGCCAGGGUCUUUUUCAACGCUAAAUCAUCGCGCAUUCUCUUGUCGUCCACGCUGUGACCUGUCAUGAUCUUGCCAGAAGAAUGCUAUAUAGACGAAUUCGACCGAUAUGCGAUGAACGAUAUCCCCAUACGCCUCAUACGCCUAACAGACAUGACGUUUGUUGAGCGCAAUGAGGUGAGGGAGCACUUCAGGACGUCCUAUAUACGACGUCUCGGUCAGCCCUCCGAUACUGUCAGAUACGCCAUUCUAUCUCACCGAUGGCUGAACCAGGGAGAACCAACCUACGAAGAUAUCAAGGCGGGCAUAGCAGCAGGUCCGGGAUACGAGAAGCUGAAAAAGUUCUGCGCAAAGGCCGAGGAGUACAAUAUGGAAUUUGCGUGGUCGGAUACCUGCUGCAUCAACAAGAGCAGCAGUACCGAGCUCGACGAGUCGAUUCGCUCCAUGUUUCGAUGGUAUGGAAACUCGGCCAUUUGCAUUAUCCAUCUGGCACAAAGUGAAACCAUCGAGGAUAUAAUGGAGGACGAAUGGACUGAAAGGGGCUGGACGUUGCAAGAACUUCUUGCACCUGCUCGAAUCAAAUUCUUUAACAAGCACUGGGUGCCCAUGACAUGUGAUAGAAAUGACAAAAACUACAAGGAUGACAUCAAUGACUUCUUGGUCAGUGGGCCAUUGCUGUCCAGCCUAGGGCGUCGGGAACCGGCCGAGAUAUUGGAGACACUGGAGAGAGCUACUGGCAUUCCUCAUGAUGAUCUACAACGCAAGUUUUGUCCAAGUCCGUCUGAGGUGGAUAAGCGGAUGACGUGGGCAGCCAGACGCAAGACAACAAGGGUCGAAGACGUGGCGUAUGCCUUGAUGGGUAUGUUUGAUGUGAGCCUGCAGAUCGCAUAUGGAGAAGGAGGAGAUCGCGCAUUCUGCAGGCUCAUCGAGGCCAUCAUGCAGGCUGGUGACCCCUCUGUCCUCAACUGGAAAGGCGAGGCUGCGAGGCAUCACGCUUCACAUGCCAUUCCUCGAUCGCCACAGAGCUUCAUAAGCUAUCAAAGUUUAGAGUUCGAAGGCAGUGGGCGGCUGGAGAUGACUAUGACCAGCCUUGGCUUGCGAAUCCCUCUGGUGAUAUUCCCUCUUAGCGUCCGUUCGAAUUUGCAGGCGGGACAUGGCCACAGCAUCACACUCGCCUGCCUGCUAUGUCCAAGCGUCAAGAUUGAUAUCGAUACCAACUACGGACUCGACUCCGGUGAUCAGUACGCGCUCGGGAUUGUCAACUAUUCGCUCAUCGGCCAUGUACCAGGGAUUCGGGGCAAGUCUGCCUGUUUCAUCCUACACCGACAACCUGAUGUUUUCCGCUGUGUGCCUGUCUGUAAACCCAAGUGUACCGAAUUUGUUGGACUUAAAUUCUCUCCUCCGGACGAGAGGUUCACUGAGUGGAAGCUGGUAGAAGAGGUGGGCCUGGUCCAAGUUGACUUCCCGAGUAUACCAGAUGAACCGGUUUGCUACAUUGAUCGCCGAUAUCUACAGACCGUAUACUUGUAGCACCUACUCUUAAUGAGUCAAAGAGUGACUGAAUGAGCUAUGCUGGCU